UCGUCCACCCCCCCCCUUUCACCCCCUUUUCACGGUCUCUUGUGGUAAUGCUCAAGUCUGCAAUGUGGUCUCAUCAUCGCGCGGCCAUGCCUCUCUGUGCACCCAGAUGGCUCCAAGCAGCUUUUCACAUAUUCUUCAUCAUUUCUCUUGCUCUUUGUUCUUCUCAAGCUCUCGCUGCCAGGGUCAAACGAACACCACGCCCCAAGGAGCCCCUCACUUACAUUUGGCCUUUGCCUACUCAAUUCUCCUUCGGCGAUGAUACGCUCUCUGUUGAUCCUGGACUAUCUCUUACUGUGGAUGGUAAUGGAGGUGGUUCCGAUAUUGUCAGAGCUGCAUUUGAUAGAUACAGAGGGAUCAUAUUCAAGCGAAUUGACAGAUUCAGUUUUCUUAGGAAAUUAAAGGAAAAAAUAUCUGUGUAUGAUGUUAGUACAUUGCGGAUUACUGUUCAUUCUGCGAGCGAGGAGCUUCAACUUGGUGUUGAUGAAAGCUAUACUUUGCUCGUCCCGAAGUCCAAUGGGCAGGCCGUUGCUGGGGAAGUGAAGAUUGAGGCAAAUACAGUUUAUGGUGCACUACGUGGAUUGGAGACCUUCAGUCAGUUGUGUUCUUUUGAUUAUUCAACCAAAGCAGUACAAAUAUACAAGGCACCUUGGUCUAUCCAAGAUAAACCGAGGUUUGCAUACCGUGGGCUUAUGCUGGAUACUUCAAGACACUAUUUACCAGUUGAUGUAAUUAAGCAGAUAGUUGAAUCUAUGUCUUAUGCUAAACUUAAUGUUUUACAUUGGCACAUCAUAGACGAGCAAUCGUUUCCUCUUGAGAUACCUUCAUACCCAAAAUUGUGGAAAGGCUCAUAUACAAAGUGGGAACGUUAUACUGUAGAGGAUGCUUAUGAAAUCGUCAACUUUGCUAAAAUGAGAGGCAUUAACGUGAUGGCAGAAGUGGAUGUCCCUGGUCAUGCUGAAUCAUGGGGUACUGGAUAUCCUGAACUUUGGCCAGCACCUUCCUGUAGAGAGCCGCUUGAUGUUUCAAAGAAAUCUACAUUUGAUAUCAUUUCUGGUAUUUUGACAGAUAUGAGAAAGAUUUUCCCCUUCGAGCUAUUCCACUUGGGUGGUGAUGAGGUUAAUACUGAUUGCUGGAGCAAUACCACUCAUGUGAAGGAAUGGCUUCAGAAUCACAACAUGACUGCUAAAGGUGCCUAUGAAUAUUUUGUGCUCAAGGCCCAAGACAUAGCAUUGUCAAAGAAUUGGACUCCUGUGAAUUGGGAAGAAACCUUUAACACAUUCCCAUCAAAGCUUCAUCCUCAAACCGUUGUGCAUAACUGGUUGGGUCCUGGGGUUUGUCCAAAGGCUGUUGCAAAAGGUUUCCGGUGCAUUUUCAGUAACCAGGGUGUCUGGUAUCUUGACCAUCUUGACGUACCUUGGGAUGUGGUCUAUGCUGCUGAGCCACUUGAAGGAAUACAUGAGGACUCACAACAAAAACUUGUACUUGGAGGAGAAGUUUGCAUGUGGGGUGAGACGGCUGAUGCAUCAGACGUUCAGCAAACCAUAUGGCCUCGAGCUGCAGCGGCUGCAGAACGCUUGUGGAGUCGGAAAGAUUCAACACAAACAGGAAAUAUCACCUUAACUGCGUUGCCGCGAUUGCAACACUUCAGAUGUCUGUUAAAUAGACGAGGAGUUCCGGCUGCUCCUGUCACAAACUUUUAUGCUAGAACUGCCCCUAUGGGUCCGGGUUCAUGCUAUGAGCAAUAAUGCUUUUCAAGCUCUGCAAAGGGAGUAGAUCAUCUUAGUCUGGCAUGGUGGGGUAGCUGGUGUAAAAAGAUGUGCCGGACUGAUGAAUGUGAACGGAGGCCUGAUCUUUCUAGUAAAAUAAGCAAGUCAUAUUUCAAUUUAUUGUUAUGAAGAAUAAAUCUUGUUGACUGUGCUUGCUUUUUCUGAUAUGUUAUCAAAUAUGAGUAGUAUGGCUGUCCUUU